AUGGCGGAACCUGCAACAGAAAUUCCGAUAAAUAUAGAAGAGACUGUUAAAGACUCGCUGAAAAACAUUACAGACAAACCUCCAGCAAGUAUUGAAGGAGUUGCGAUCGCGUACUUAAGUUUGGUGGUGAUGGCAAUUUUGCCCAUAUUUUUCGGUGCUUUUCGCUCUGUAAAAUAUCAGAAGGAGCAAAAGGAUUCUGGCGAGCGGCUAGAAACUAUGUCAAACCGAGAUGCGCUGAUUUUCCCCAUAAUCGCAUCGUGUGCUCUCUUUGGACUCUACAUCUUCUUCCAAUUCUUCUCCAAGGAGUAUAUUAAUCUACUACUGACGGGCUACUUCUUUUUCUUAGGAGUUUUGGCUCUUAGCCAUCUGCUUAGCCCAAUAAUAGCCGUGAUGAUGCCAGCAUCAGUACCGAAGGUGCCCUAUCAUAUUCUCUUCACACAGGGAGAUAGGCAUGUAAUUAACUAUAAGUUCACGUCAUACGAUGUCAUCUGCCUCGUCAUAUCCUUUGUCUUUGGUCUGUGGUACUUGUACAAGAAGCACUGGAUUGCAAACAACCUGUUCGGCAUUGCUUUUGCGAUAAACGGCGUAGAACUGCUCCAAUUGAACAAUGUAGUCACGGGAUGUAUACUGCUAUCCGGAUUAUUCCUCUACGAUAUCUUCUGGGUUUUCGGUACCAACGUUAUGGUGACAGUUGCCAAAUCGUUUGAAGCACCAAUAAAAUUGGUGUUCCCUCAAGAUUUACUAGUAAAUGGUCUAAAUGCAAGCAACUUUGCUAUGCUCGGACUGGGUGAUAUUGUGGUCCCUGGCAUCUUCAUUGCUCUGCUCCUACGUUUUGACAAGAGUCUCAAACGCAACUCGGAGUUCUACUUCAGAGCUACCUUCUCUGCCUACAUCCUGGGUUUGUUGGCAACGAUUCUCGUGAUGCACGUCUUCAAGCACGCACAGCCAGCUCUUUUAUACUUGGUGCCAGCCUGCCUUGGUACUCCACUAACAUUGGCUCUCCUCAGAGGCGAUAUAAAUGCCCUAUUCAAUUACGAAGACCAGCCAGCAAUCGAAGAAACAGCAGACGCAAGCAAAACAAAGAAGAGUGAUUAA